AUGGGCAUUGUCGUUAGCGGCGAAGACGGAGGAGAGGGAGCGCCUAAUGAGCAGCAGAAAAUCAACAUGAUAGCUGCCGAGAACGACUAUGGAUUGGUCAUGGCAACCUUAGAUCAGGUGUCUGUUUUCCUGGGUUCGUGGUGGACGUCGUCACUUACAGGGCGGAUACAGACAUUCAAAAGCUACACCCAUGUUCCUUUGACGCAUAUCAUAAACUAUGAGCGUGAUUCUAUCGGAGUUGCCGGUUUCUACUUUGCUGGGAUUCCGGCGUGGACUGUGUCGACCUGUCUAUCCAUCUGUCGACAUCAUCCUCUAGAGCGGUUGAUUGUAUUUCUACAGAGUCACCUAACGCAAUAUUCUCCUAACGAGUUUUGCACUAAAAUCAUACGGGCUUCAUUCACCACAGUACACUAUGCGACGAGGGGAGCUUUACUAGUUCUAGCCGUACAGACAUACAUGUACUCUCUUCUACAAUCUCUGCACCUUGUCCACCCAUACUGCAUGCCGAGCGCCAGUUUCUUUGUGCCAUUUGGCGAACUUGCACCGACACAACUCCUCUCUUUGCCGGCAAACCUUUCCUUUCACUCGCUGGCCAAGCUCUGCAUGGGUAUCUUGAAGACACCCUCGCUUUUGGUUUACUUAUACGUCUACUUGCGCCCCAUAAUUGAAAUUCGACUUUACCGGUUGAUCCGCCGGCGGCUACCGAAGCCUAGCCUUGCUGACGAGCUUUCUAUUCGAGUGGCUUUUGAUAACGAUCUCAUUGACUGGAUGGUGCCAACACUUGGCCGCAGAUCAGAAGAAGAGAACCGCCGUGGUUGUUUGACGCUCUACGAAGAUAUCAAGUAUGAACUAUCCGUUCUUCGGAAUUGGGCUCUUUCAUGGUUUGGUUUCAAACGUGCACAAACACCGAAUCGUCCAGGUAACUCUUCUCAGAGAGAAGAGAGAAUUGAAUCCUUACGUCAGUGCAUUGAAGAAUUGCAAAAUGAGCUAGGAGAAGCGCAAACCCGAACAAACCAGCGAGAACGUCCACAGCCAUUAGCAGAACGAACUCCUGCUAGGCAUGGGGGUGCUUGGCCUAGUUCGACCGCUCCAAAUCUUUCCGUGCAAACCUCUGGACCGGGAACCAGUUUCCAUGGGGAUCGUAUUCUGCAGAAUGAAGACAACCGGGUUUCGCAAUCGCCUGACGCGAUGAGCACUGAUAUCUUCUCAGACAUGCCUCCAUUGGAAGGCGCAAAUGUUACUUCGAAUGAACAUGAGACACAUCAAACAGCCGACGCUGAACCACCUCGAGAUCAAGAUGAAAAUCGACGAUUUUCGCGCUCUAAUACCCUCUUCUCUCGACCAUCCUCUCCGGAGACAUCCCCUCCGACUUCGCCUCGUGUACGUGCUUCAUUGAUCCAUCAAAACUCGGACAUUAUCACUAUGCAGCUGGAAUUGCUGGGAAACCGCAGUCAAGGACAGGCAAACGCCCGACCUAGAAACGCCAACCUGGGCGAAUUACCAGCGGAUCGCAGAUCAGUUACGGAGUUUCUGGACUCCCUUCUGUCCAACACGGACCAGAAUCUUGCUACGAUAGUGAAUGACGCAGUGGACAGCGAUGGCCUGUCCAAUGUGACUGCAGGGGCUUCUCAAAUCUUGACUGAUGCUCCGUCUGCUCCUACCUCUCAGGAUCAACCAGCAGAAGAGCAAGCUGACCCAGGUCUUGCCAACAUACUGCCCGACAAUAACGAGGAGCAAAUGCUAGAAGAAGCUCUCAACGACCCACUUGGCCCUGAAUACGAUGACGAGAACCGCUCAAACCCGGAACUCCCUCCCUCAGCGCCAAAUGCGCACCCUCGACAACUCACCGGACCACCCGGAUCUCCUGCACACAGGGUGACGAUUCUAUCUUCCCACCCAGUCGAUUCCCUCGCCUCGCAUCUCGCAUCGAUGCUGACGACAGUGAUCUUCCUCCCGCUCGAAUCCCUUUACCUCCGCUCUCUGGCGUCCUCGUUUCUCUCAUCGCGAGACUCGUCUUCUGCUCUCCUCUCUGACGUCCGCACCUUUGGCGCAUGGGGCGGGGGCGGCUCCCGAACUGACCAUUUUACCUACGUUGGCAAAAUGGCGCUUAUGAUUAGCGUGCAAGCUGCAGUAAAUGCAAGCGUGUGGGGUAUCGUAUCUGGUGCUGCUAUCAGAAUCGGAAAGAAGUUCUGUGGCUGGGGGAGUUUAUAA